AUGAUGCAUGAGUUCUCUGCUUAUUUUGUGCCACGGAUAUUACAUCCAGUGGAGAUGAUUCUCUCUUUUGAUGAUGAUGAGGAUGAGCAGUUGGAGAUGCGAGGGGAUUUGGGACACAGAGAGGAUGUGGGGGAGGAUAUAGAGGAGGGAGAUGACAAAGGAGAUGAUGAAGGAGAUGGGAGAGGAGGUAGUAGGGGGAGACGGGGAGAUAGAGGAGGAAAUGGGGGGAGAGAUGGGAGAAGGGGUGGAGAUGGGAGAGGAGUUGGAUUAGUCAAGGGCGUAGUUGGUGAGAGAGGGAGGGGAGGUUUAGAAGUUGGAGUUGGUGGAGUUGGUCAGGAUAGAGGAGCUUAG